AAUGUAAAAAAGCAAUUCUUAUCAUAUAAAGACACCAAGAAAAUUUCGAUAGGCAAAUACCUUAUCAUAAGAAUUAUUGUAAAAAUUAACUCAAUCGAAGCUAGAAAAUAAAUAAUAAAAUGGAUAUUACGAAAAACAUGAAAAAAUUAAUGGAGCUAAAAAAGUCAAACAAAUUUCCCGAUCAAUUGGUGGAGGCUCUCAAAGUCAUAGAGAAAUAGUAUAAUAAAGUUUAAAUAUUUUUAAUUUGAAAAGAGAAGUUUAACCUUAGGAUUUAAGUUUAAGGAAAUCAAAUGAAGAAAUUAAUAGCACUUAGAAAAAAUCAAAUCAUGUCAGUCACAUUAGUUAAAUUUGGACAAAAAGGAAUAGAACUGAUAACAAUUCAUUAACUCCUAGAAAAGUAGGAGUAAAUGAUUUUAUUUUAAAUGCAAGUGCUUUUUUAAAAGAAAAACAAUUAGAAAAUCAAUUAGACAAACUUUCUUAUCAAAUAAUCAAACUUUAAAAUAAAUCUGAAUAAUUAGAAAUAUAAAAUAAAAUGCUAUUUACAAAUAUAUAAUAAUAUUAGUAAGAUUCAAAUAAAAUGAAAGUAAUAUGAAUUUUAUAAUUAGGAUAGAAAUUGUCUUAUUUAAAAGUUAGAUAAAAUGAUAGUUAUGUAAUAAAGAUAGGAAGAAAAUCUUAAUUAUUUUAAAUAAUUAUUUAAAGAUAAUAGUGAUUAGUUUAUGAAAAAAUAAAAUUAAAAUUCCCUCCCAAAACUUCGACCAACAGGUUUAUCAGAAUAUCUUGGUUUUAAAAUUUGA